AUGGAAUACCUCAAUCGGUUGCUGAAGACAUUGAGGAGUAACCCAGAUUUUAAUUUUCAUCCCAGAUGCGAUAAAUUGCAGAUUAUACAGCUUGGGUUUGCUGAUGACCUUCUCAUGUUCUGUAGAGGGAAAGCUUCAGGAUUGAGAGCGAAUCUUGAUAAGAGCUCAGUGUAUUUUGGGGGUGUUGGAAAAGAUACACAGCUGGAAAUUUUGAAUGUUCUGGGAUUUACAAAAGGGGAGCUGCCUAUUAGAUACCUUGGUGUCUCGCUGAGCACUAAACGAUUAUCUGUGAUGCAAUGUUACCCUUUGGUUGACAAGAUGUUGGGAUUAGGAUCUUCCCUGUCUCUGUGCACAACCGGCGCAGACAAGCUACCGUUCACCAUACAGAAUGGCCUACUUGAACGAAGCAAACCUGGUACCGGUGGCAUAAUUCCAAGAUCACGGGGUCACCUCUCUCGCUCAAAGAAAAUGGACCCAAAGUGA